AUGACUUGGAAAAGUUCCAAACAAGAGACUAUAGCAGAUUCAAUGACAGAGGCUGAAUAUAUAGCGGCUUCAGAAGCAGCUAAGGAGGCAGUGUGGAUCAAGAAGUCCAUCACUGAACAUGGGGUGGUUCCCAGUGUUAGUGAGCCCAUACAGUUGUAUUGUAACAACAUUGGUGCUAUUGCGCAGGCAAAGGAACCCAGGUGCUUAGGAGCCCUAGAAGAUUGUAGAAGAACGAGAUGGACCUCCGCGUUGUCCAAGGCUGAUCAUUCUUUAUUCAUUAAGCAAUUUGAUUCAUUUUUUAUAGCUCAUCUCAUAUAUGUGGAUGAUAUACUUGUUGCCUCUAACAAUUUAUCUGAAGUACAGCUUCUCACUGCUCUUCUAGACAGCAAAUUCAAGCUUAAGAACCUUGGUCCUGUCAAAUAUUUUUUGGGACUUGAAGUGGCCAGAUCCUCCAAAGGAAUUUCUCUCUGCCAGCACCAAUAUGCACUUAAUAUUUUGCAGGAUGCUGGCCUUUCUGGUUGUAAACCAAAACCAACCCCUAUGGAGGUCAACUUAAAGCUUUCAUCACAUGAUGGUGACCCAUUACCUGAUCCCACUCCAUUCAGAAGACUUAUUGGCCGACUUCUUUACUUGACCAUCACAAGGCCUGAUCUCUCCUUUGCAGUUAAUCAUCUUAGCCAAUACAUGGCUGCUCCUCGGGUUCCUCACCUUCAAGCAGCUCAUAGAAUCCUUGCAUAUGUUAAAUCUACAAUUGGUCAAGAUCGGGCCUCUUGCUUGGAUAGCCAUCGUUCUGUUUCUGGCUUUUGUGUUUUUCUUGGAGCUUUUCUCAUCUCAUGGAAAUCAAAAAAGCAACACACCAUUUCUAGAAGCUCGGCAGAGGCUGAAUACCGUUCAAUGGCUAAUGCAGCCUAUGAAAUUCUUUGGCUCUUGCAAUUACUCAAGGAUCUUGGUCUUCCUCAUUCUAAUGCUGGUCAUCUGUUUUAUGACAACAAAUCUGCUCUCCAUAUUGCAGAUAAUCCAGUUUUCCAUGAGCGUACGAAGCACAAUGAAAUCGACUGUCACCUUGUUCGCGAUUGCCUUGCUCUUUGUCAGUUAAAAACCUUCCACAUUGCUUCUUCUCAUCAGAUUGCUGAUAUGCUAACCAAGGCUCUUCAUCCAAGUCAAUUUUCAGCUCUUCUCUCCAAGAUGGGAGUUUUCAACAUACACUCUCCAUCUUGA